GUGACAUUUGACGGUGAUGUCAUUGACCAGUUCUCUGGAUGACGAUUCCGAAUACGAAGUCGAAGAUUUACUUGAUAUCCGAUACCAGAAUGACGAACCCGAAUAUCUUAUCAAAUGGAAAGGCCACUCGCACAAUGUUAAUUCUUGGGAGCCCCAUUUUAACUUGAACUGCCCUUUGCUGCUUCUCAAAUUCCAUCAAAAGCAUAAGCACCCAAGGAACACUGUCGUUGACAUUCCCGAAACCAAAGAGCCCUACGGCUUUGAUCGAGGCCUCGCUCCCGAUUUCAUAAGUAUGGUUACCAAAAGAGAUGACGAACUGUUCUUCCUCAUUAAAUGGAAAGGGUGUCAAGGAUGUGACGUAGUCCCAGCUGCUCAGGCCAAUACGCGAUGCCCACAAGUCGUCAUCAAAUUUUACGAGAGUAUUCUGCAUUUUCAAUGAGAUGGAUUUGUAUUUUGUUAUUUUUAUACACCGGCUGUAUCAAA